CAAGAAAAACCAACUUAGGAAAAAAAUUAAAUCAAAAAAAAUUGAGAGAGACAUGAGAGAGAUACCGAUCAACAUGUGUCAACCAAGAGCUAUGGCGGAAUCAAUUUUAUACGGUGCAGUAAGUAACAUCUUGUCCCUGUUGGCGUCAAUUGCUGGGCAAGAUCUUGGCUUGAAUUUCGGGCAGAAAAAGGAGCUGGAGAAUCUUCGAGGGACUCUCACCACCAUUCACGCCGUCCUUCUGGAUGCUGAGGAGAAGCAGAAGAGCGAUCUUGCCGUGAAAGAAUGGAUAAGUUGGCUGGAAGACGUUGUCUACGAUGUAGACGACUUACUCGACGAAUUCCACUAUGAGAUCCUGCGCCAGAAGACGCUUGCUCGGAGACAGGUACGCAAGUUCUUUUCAUCCUCAAACCCUCUAGCAUUUGGUCUUAAGAUGGGUCGAAGACUUAAGGAGACUAGAGAGAGGCUAGACGCGGUUGCAGCAGAUAUUUCUAAGUUUAACUUGAGUUCAAGAGUUGCAGCAGAUGUGAUACCUAAGAAUAUUGAUAGGGACACUGCCUCAAAGGUGAGAUCGCAAAUAAUAGGGAGAGAGAAAAAUAAAGAGCACAUCGUAGAAAUUUUGUUGCACUGUCGAAAAUCAAUUCUUGUUAUUGCUGGAACUGAAGGUGUAGGAAAGACCUCGCUCGUCCAAUUAGUGUUCAAUGAUGCAAAAAUAAAAUGCUUCUUCAAUGCACGGAUAUGGGUACGUGUUUCUGAAGAAUUUGAUGUGUCCAUAAUUUUUAAGAAAAUGUUGAAGUCUCUUCAAGUAGAUUGUAAAGUGGAUGAUUUGGAUCUACGACAACUACAAAUACAACUUCAUAAUAAUUUAAAAGGGAAGAGAUUAUUGCUUGUGUUGGAUGAUGUGCGGAACAAAGACCAUAUAAAGUGGGGUAAGUUUUCACAAUAUAUGGUGUUUGGUGCUGACGGAAGCAAAAUUCUUGCAACAACUCGCAGUGAGAGGGUUGCAGCUACUAUGGGAGUCAACUUUCCUUAUCAUUUACUAGGUCUCAAUGAGGAUCAAUCUUGGGCUUUGUUUGAGCAUGUGGUAUUUAAAGGACAAGGCCAAAUUGAUUCAAAUCUUAGAGUAAUUGGAAGGGAUGUCGUAAGAAGAUGCAAAGGAAUUCCUCUUGCUAUCAAAUGUUUGGGAGGUUUAAUGAGACAAAAGAUUAAUGAAGAACAUUGGUCGUUUGUCCAAAAAAAUCAAAUCUGGAAGUUACUUACUGAUAGUAGUGUUUUCUUGAUUUUAAGAUUGAGUUACAUUCAGUUACCAGAUCAUUUAAAACAAUGUUUUGCUUUUUGUUCGAUUUUUCCAAAAGACUUCAAAAUAUCUAAAGACAAGUUGAUCCAUUUGUGGCGGGCGCAGGGUUACUUUCAAGUACGGAUUGAAAAUGAGAAUAUACAAGACAUUGGUGAUGAAUACUUCAAUGAUUUACUAUCAAGAUCAUUUUUUCAAGAGGAGGAAAAUGAUGCAUAUGGGAAUAUUGUUAGUUGUAAAAUGCAUGAUCUUAUCCAUGAUUUUGCAUCAUCUGUUGCAAGUCGUAGUUUUUAUUGGAUGAAAGAUGACAAAGAAGAUAUUCCAAGAAGUGCCCGUUACGUGUCACUAGAAAAAAAUUCCAAAAAAGUUGCUUUGACUUUGUCGAAAACAAAGGGGAUAAGGACUAUGUUUUUUCGAACAGAUGUUUACGAGGAUUUAUUCAUUCGAAAUGCAACUUUUUUGUGCUUCAAUUGUUUACGUAUGUUGAAUUUGAGUCAGAUGGGUAUUGAAAUCUUACCAAAUUCAAUUGGUAACUUGAAGCACUUGAGAUACCUUGAUCUUUCUUGUAAUGAUAUGAUGAAAGUGCUCCCAAAUGGUAUAGUCAAAUUGCACAAUUUGCAAACUUUAUUACUUUGUUCUUGCAGCAGACUUAAAGAGUUACCAGGAGAUAUACAACAGCUGAUUAGUUUGGAAUAUCUCGAUAUUGAUGAUUGCUAUGAGCUAAAGUGCUUGCCGAAAGGGGUAGGGGAAUUGACUUCGCUGCAAAGACUGGACAGAUUUAUUGUGAACAGUAGUGUUGAAAAGAGUUUCUCAACUGCAGCCACGUUGAAUGAGUUGAGGGACCUAAAUGACCUUGGAAACUGCUUACGUUUUGAAAACUUAGACAAGGUGAGGAAUGUGGAAUUAGAAUCUAAUGAGGCAAAUUUGAAGGAAAAGAAACGGAUUCGGUCUUUGCGAUUACAUUGGGACCCCCGUGCAAGAAGGCACAUUGAAAAGGAUAAGUUGUUGUUGGAUAAUCUUAGGCCACACCCGAAUUUGAAAGAGCUGGUGGUACACGGGUAUGAAGGAGCAAUGUUUUCGAGUUGGCUAUCUUCCUUGAAUAAUUUAGUCGAACUUGAUAUAGACUAUUGUUGGAAUUGCCAAUACCUGCCACCCUUGGAUCAUCUUUCAUCUCUCAAGUCUCUUAUUCUUCAGCGGUUCAAUGUUUUAGAAUAUAUGACAGAUUCUUUCUCCUUGCCUUGUUCCACACCAAGAACAUCAUUCUUCCCAUCACUUAAGAAACUUGAGAUCCGAGAGUGUCCUAAAUUCAAAGGAUGGUGGUGGACAACGACUAAGAACCAAGGAUCAACCGCUGAGCAGCCUUGCUUUCCUUGCCUUUCCAAGUUAGAAAUCCGCGCCUGUCCAAAGUUAACCUCCAUGCCGCCGUUUCCAUCUCUCGACCAAGAUUUGACUUUGAUUGGAACUAGUAUAAGGGUUUUGCAAGAAACAUUGAAGAUGAAGCCGACCGAGGCUAGCAUGACAUCAGAAGCAUCAUUAUCAUCAGUGACCCUUCCCCUCUCCAAUUUGAAGUCUCUGACUCUUAUUGACAUUAAAGAUCUAGACGCUCUGUCAGAAAAGUUUCUACAAAAUAUCACUUCUCUUGCGCACUUAACAUUAAAAGACUGCCCGAAUUUGGAAUCGCUGCUGCCACAAAAUAUGAACUGCCUCGCCACUUUACAAGAAUUGUCGGUUAUCAAUUGCCCUUUACAGGAAGCGAGCCUUGGUCUAACAAUCUUGAAUUCAAGAAAAAGAAGAGAUGGCAAUGACUUGUGCCAACUCCCUUCCGGCCACAAUUGAAAUGCAGUUAUCUGUGAAUGGAGGCAAGCAACAUUUGCUAAGUAGUGGCUCAAGCGAAUGGGAAACGUGCCCGGAGCUAAGCUGGUUGGGAAACCCCUUGGCAUUCUUUCAAAAUCAAUGUCAAUGGAUCCAUCUUGCCGUUUCCUGGAUGUGUUUUGAGCAGUGACUUCAAUUCUAGUCUGUAGGCCUUUACUUAAUUAAAGCAAACUGAUUAGCAGACCUUAAUACAAAGGUUCUUCCAUGAUAUAUAUGGAGAAGAUUAUUGUCAGUAUUUUAUUAUGUUGA